GAACCGGCAAACCGGAUGUUGAUGCUGGCAAAAGCAACAUCUAGGUUGAUGUUAUUUGCAUUGCUUAGCUACUGACGCGUACUCGAAGGCAACUAAUUGUUAUUUAUGGACUCUUAAAUGAAGUACCAUUUUCGUUUUGAAUUAACAUUUCAAAAACAAUGUUUUACCUUGUAGAGGACAUUUGGUUUUGGAGGCAGAAUGGCCCAGAUUAAUUAAUGUUGUUUUCGUAAAUUAUUUUAGGUAGCUAACGUUAGCACGGGGUAUUUUUCUUUCACAUAAGUUACUAGAUAGCUAACUAGCUAGGUAGUGGAUUUUCAAAGAAAACAUGAUGGAAUUGGAGAUAAUUGGUGCUCAACGCUCAUUGUAUUUUUUGUAGCUAGUGGUGCGCGGCACUGCUAGAUAGUAACCUUCAUUUCUAAGUGGCUAACGUUAGCUACAGUAUCGUUAGCUGGUAAACAACGUCGUUCGCCCUUAGUGUUUGACAAGGCAUUCCACACACAAAUUCUCCCACCCGCAGUCGUGGAUCUCCAAACUCGGUCUUAACUUGAUACCAAUGCGUGGGAUGAUGGCUACACAGGGCAGCCCUGUCAAGACUUACGACUACCUCCUUAAGUUCUUGCUGGUUGGAGACAGUGAUGUGGGGAAAGGAGAGAUCCUAGACAGUCUGCAGGACGGAUCAGCAGAGUCUCCCUAUCCCUACAGCAGUGGGAUUGACUACAAGACUACCACAAUCCUGUUGGAUGGGAGAAGAGUCAAGUUAGAGUUGUGGGAUACGUCUGGACAGGGUCGAUUCUGCACAAUCUUCCGGUCAUAUUCACGUGGGGCACAGGGAAUCCUGCUAGUUUAUGAUAUCACAAAUGGCUGGUCGUUUGAUGGCAUUGACCGCUGGAUCCGGGAGAUCGAUGAGCAUGCCCCGGGGGUGCCCCGCAUCCUAGUAGGCAACCGGCUCCACCUGGCCUUUAAGAGGCAGGUGCCCACGGAGCAGGCCCGCGCCUACGCCGAGAAGAACGGCAUGACCUUCUUUGAGGUCAGCCCUCUGUGCAACUUCAACGUCAUCGAGUCGUUCACGGAGCUGUCGCGCAUCGUGCUGAUGAGGCACGGCAUGGAGAAGUUCUGGAGACCAAACCGAGUGUUCAGCCUCCAGGACCUGUGUUGCCGGGCCAUCGUCUCAUGCACCCCCGUCCACCUCAUCGACAAGCUGCCUCUCCCCGUGGCCAUCAAGUCCCACCUCAAGUCCUUCUCCAUGGCCAACGGAAUGAAUGCUGUCAUGAUGCAUGGACGCUCCUACUCCGUGGCCACCAAUGCGGCGGGCGGCAGCGGCGGCGUGAGCGGCAACAACAGCAGCAGCAGCAGCAGCAAGGGAAACAGUCUGAAACGCUCCAAGUCCUUUAAACCGCCUCCAAGCCCCCCCAAGAGUAGUAGCAGCAAAAGUAACUGUAACAUCACCUAGUGAGGGGCGAGGGAGGGACUUCUGAGGCUUCCCAUUGGGCCUAAUGCUAUUGCUGUAUGGGGCACUCAGGCGCCCCAAUUUGGAGAUGCAUAAACGCACAACAGUGACUGUAAGAGCUGUGAGUGAGUCCAAUAUGGCUUUCACUCUUUCUUAGCCCCCUAGCGCCAUCUUGUGGGUCGCCGUUAAACCUACAGCUACCACCCACUGUGACCAGUAGAGCUCGCCAGCUUCUAGUGCUAAAACCCAGAAGUGGUUCGUUCAGCCUUUCCUAUGGGGAAAGAAUAGGGAUUUGGGAUAAACACUGAGAAUAAGGUCUGAGGUUAACACAGGCUUAGGAGAUCUAUACAGUACACUUUGUUCUAUGAGAUAAUAGCAGUCAGUUAACAUGACCUUUAUUCAUUAUGAAGCCUUUAUGCGCUUUUUUUAUUACAUAAAUGCAUCAAAAUUCACAAAGUGACGUCAGCUGAUGAAGAUGAUCUCCUAGAACAAAACGUAUAAGAUCUUCUAAGUCUGUGUUUACCACACACCUUAUUCUCAGUGUUUAUCCAAAAACGACAGUCAUUUUCCCCAGUCCAUCGAACCGUGGCGGAGUUAGUGCCUACAAAAAGACAACAUUACUAUUUCUCUCCAUACAGCCUCUUGGACUUUAAACUGUGACGUCAUCACUCACCUUACUGUCAACACUACAACAGAGUAUGAGGACUCUGAUCAGAUUCACCGAAAAUUUGAGUGUUUCUUAUUGAACAAGCUCAGAUUGUCCUUUCUUGUUUGUCUUUUUUAUUUUCAUUUGCUGCCCUGGUUUGAUAUGGCUCAGAAACACAUUGAAUGAUUAUUCUUUCCAAAUCACACGGUUUUGCCAACAAAUCAAAGAAACUUAAAAUAUUGAAACUGCAGCUAACUUUUUUAUUUUUUUACUCUCUGCAGUUUUUGUGUGUGUGUGUCUGUUUUAAUGUUUUCAUUUUACCUUUAUUUAACUAGGCAAGUCAGUUAAGAACAAAUUGUUCUUUUCAAUGACGGCCUAGGAACAGUGGGUUAACUGCCUUGUUCAGGGGCAGAACGACACAUUUUAACUUGUCAGCUCGGGGAUUUGAUCUUGCAACCUUUCGGUUACUAGUCCAACGCUCUAACCACUAGGCUACCUGCCGCCCAUCCAUCCGUUGGUCUUCUUCUGUGUGUUGCUCUGUCUGUUGACUUGGGUCCUUGUCCUGUUUGGUACCAGAAUGUAUAACACCAGUCUGGUCUGUGCUCAUAUGAUUGAUUAAAAGCAAAUGGGGUCAAGCUGUUAUAGCAAAGGGUCAUUGUAGAUUACACUGGUUUCAUUUCAGAAUAAUGAGUGCAAUAUCAGACUGCUUUCCCUCACUGUUUGCAUUUUAAAGGUAUACUCAGAAAUAUGAUGUAGAUGCAGAAAGUAAACCGCAUAGGGGGGGAACUUCCAAUACAACUAAGCGUGAGGCUCUACUUCUAUGCUGUUAUUGUCCCGUGGCUACCAGGCUGUGAACAGUGUGACGUGAACAUAGAUACUGUGUGAGAGUGAAGUCUUGCAUCGUGAUCAUCUCCAUGUCGGCGUUGCUGCUCGUGGCAAUGUCAUUUAGCUGAGUCUAUCUUUAAUGCUGAUCAGAGAGCCAAUAGUGAAAACCUGUGUUGAUCCAAGUCUGUUUACUCAUUCAUGGCCCUUUGCCCUGAGUGACCUGUGAGUAACCAAUAUGUGCCUGGCUUUUUACCGGUAUCAUGAUUUAUCUUGAAGUAUCAGUAGGAUUUUGGAGGAAUGCCGCAAAGGGCUAAAAUAUCUUUCAUCUGAAUCACUUUGAUAAGUGGUUAUGUUAACUUGUGACUUACUAACUUUGGACUCCAGUAAACUUAAAUGUAUCCACAUAAAGCAAAUUCCAUACAAGCUUAAUAAAAAAAGAGUUCAUAUUCACAAUUUUAUUUAUACCCAUUUGUUUAUUGAUAAUAUUCUGUUUUUUUGUUGGUGUCUUAUAUUUUUGUAAAGGACACAAUUCUUAAUGUAUUUACACUGAGACAUUCCCUAUGCUCACUGCAAGAGAGAUGAAAACCAAUGCAUGCCAUUUUUCUCUGUUUCUACGCCCUUUUAUUAAAUAAAAUGUCAAGGAAAAUAAUCAUUAUUCAGGGUAUUAUAAGCACUACCUGUAUGUGGUAUAAGCUGCUGAGUUGAUUGUAAGGAGGAUGAACGGUUUUGCAAAUAAAUGUGGCUGCAUAGUUGCCAUGGAAAGCAAUGGUUUUCCCCAAAUUAAA